CUGGCCACACUUCCCACACCCAAAAAUCUCUCUUAUAGUAAUUUUUUCAUUCUCAUCAGAUUUAUUAUGUGAUAUGUACAAAGCAAGUAUCCAAACAACAAUACUGGCGUAGAUAUAUGUAUAUGUGCAUGCAAACACGGCAACAAUAAGCGGAACACAAAGGAACCCCGAUCUAGAGUCAUGCAGGUCGAAUGCCUCCAGAGACAGCAGCACACCAGGCUGUGAAGGAAGCCAACAACACUCCGAAGCUUCCACGCAUGCGAACGAAUCACUCCGCUAGGAGCAGGAGGACAAGCAGGAUCACCAUCAGCAGGUAGCAGUAAUGGCGGAAAGCAGUGGCAGCACCACCACGCGCCUCGCGGUGGCCACAGGCGGAGUGGGAGGAGCAGGAGGCACCGAUGCCCCCUACAUACGUACCAUCGAAUGGAACAUGAUGAACAAGACCAAGUUCUUUCCGCUCUCCAUGCUCAGCUCCUUCUCGGUGCGCUGUUGCCUCUUCCCGCUCACCGUGAUCAAGACGCAGUUGCAGGUGCAGCACAAGAGCGAUGUCUACAAGGGCAUGGUGGACUGCGCCAUGAAGAUCUACAAAUCCGAGGGCGUGCCCGGUCUGUAUCGAGGAUUCUGGAUAUCCUCCGUGCAGAUAGUGUCUGGUGUUUUUUACAUAAGCACCUACGAAGGAGUGCGCCACGUGCUCAACGAUCUGGGCGCCGGACAUCGGAUGAAGGCCCUCGCCGGCGGCGGCUGUGCCUCGCUGGUGGGCCAGACCAUCAUAGUUCCUUUCGACGUCAUUUCGCAGCACGCCAUGGUGCUCGGGAUGUCGGCGCAUGCCGGCGCCAAGGGCGACAUCAAUCCGCUGGGCAUCAAGUCGUGGCCCGGACGCAGUCGGCUUCACAUCUCCAUGGACAUCGGCAGGGAGAUAAUGCGGCGCGAUGGCUUCCGGGGGUUCUAUCGGGGCUACACCGCCAGCCUGAUGGCCUACGUACCUAAUUCGGCCAUGUGGUGGGCCUUCUAUCACCUCUAUCAGGACGAACUGUUCCGCAUCUGCCCCGUCUGGGUGUCCCAUCUGUUUAUCCAGUGCGUGGCCGGCAGCCUGGGUGGCUUCACAACGACAAUACUAACCAAUCCAUUAGAUAUAGUGCGAGCCCGUUUGCAGGUCCACCGCCUGGACUCGAUGAGCGUCGCUUUCCGGGAGCUCUGGCAGGAGGAGAAGCUAAACUGCUUCUUCAAGGGCCUGUCCGCCCGCCUGGUGCAGUCGGCAGCCUUCUCAUUCAGCAUUAUCCUAGGUUACGAGACCAUCAAGCGCAUUGCGGUGGACGAGCAGUACAAGCACCAGAUCCGCUGGUGAAGAGCGCACAAACCCCAGCCAAACUGAAACCAACUCAAAACUGCAUUUACGCGACGUACUGAAAACCACCAGAACCGGAGGAGAUUCGCCACGAUUGUAAAUAACAAAUGCGAGAGGAAGGAGCAGAGGAGCACAGGUUAAUUAGUUGAAUUACCAACGAUAGCGAAUUAUGGAAUCAUAGAUAGCGGAAGCAUCGAGGAGGAUGUACUUUUAGUAGAGCGUUUCAAUUUGCUUGCGGCUAAGAUGUUCAAGUAACGCAAUUCAAUAUGCAAAUACCCCAAAGUGUUGUAGCUUAAAGUGUACAUUAUUUUUGUUAUACUUAGUCGUUUUAUACCUAACACGCAUAGAGGCCGAUCGGUGACAAGCAUAAUUUAUUAUACACAUUACUAUACUUGUACUUGUACGUAAUUGAUGAUGAUGAUGUUGAUAAUACUGUUGAUUAUAUUGGUAGCCCAAUUACUUUACACUACUUAGCACAGCAAUGUUUGCGCCAAACAAAAUACCACAAACUGGACAUGCCGAAUUAGAAAUUAAUACCGAAACAGGGUCGCCCCUUCCCAAAGGUCGGGAUGCACUUACCUAGUUAAGCAUUCGUGUGUGUGUUCUCUGAGUGAAUAACCUAGUUUUAGUCUGCAUUGUAAUAAAGUACAAACCAAGAA